CCCCGUUACACCUGCCGCUGAUAAAAAGCUUUGUCAGACGCAGUGCGUUGUGUGGCUGUAGCCAAAAUCAUGACAACACGCAUAGAGAGCCUUCUUCAAAGCCCCUUUGAGUCGCGGUUAGUUCUGCCUCUUCAUUUGUGGCCAUCAGACGUUGCCCAAGACUUCAAGACUAAAGCACACUCUCUCCCAUGUAGCCCAGAACCAUGGCUUCUACCAGGCUGCAGUUCAGUGUAUGACAGUCUUGUCAGCUGCUCUAAAACCCCACAGUCAGCUUCACAUAAUGGAGAAAAGACUUCUGCUGUUCAAAAGCCUCGCAGCAGAUUCUCUGUUCAGGUCAUCCAUUCUUGAGCGGUGCAUCCUGAAGAUGUCUACAACUAGUGUUGCUGUUGGAACAGAAGACAUUGACGGGAUCAACAGGUCACCAUCAGGGCGACAGUGGUGCCCUAACAAUGCUGACCCGGCACAAUUCGAGACGAAUGAGGCAGUUUUGAAGCGUAGACAAAAACAGAUUCAGUAUGGAAAGAACACCUGUGGCUACCAGAACUACGUUCAGCAGAUUCCAAAGCGUCUGCGUGUUCCUGGGAUUCACCCUUCCACUCCAAACAAAUACCGCAAAUAUAGCCGCCGAUCUUGGGAUAUGCAAGUCCGUCUCUGGCGGAGAGCGCUUCAUGCAUGGGACCCGCCAUCUGCUUCCCAGAAAGACACAGAGGGACAGGACCCUGUUGAUCAAUUGCAGAGCUUGCUUGAGAAGAUGAAUACGGAGCUGUACGAGGGUGGUGAAAAGGAGGGCACAGUGUGGGAAAUGGCGCCAGAUACCAUGUCGUCCAUUAUUUCACAACCUUCCGAGUUAUCAUCCGACGGUCCUUGGCUGUAUUCUAAUGCUACUCAGGUUGAAGUCCCGUGCCACCAGGGCCAAACCUCUCAGCCCGGUUUGGGCUACACCUUUAGCAGUCAUCUAACGGCACAGGAGAAUGUGCUGGGAUGGUUGCGCUUUCUCCUCGAGACCGACCACAACCGAAACCAGGCGCCUCCGCUGCAUGAAGAGCCUUUCUGGAGAUUUACAUAACGUCUCAUCAAAUCAUGCCAAUGGUCUGCACGGAUCAGGUGCAAAGCUCGUUCUCCAGCCAUGUUUGAAAUGCACUUGGAUCACUGUCUCCUAGUUCAAAACGCACUAUAUUUUAUUUGUAGUCAAGGCGUCCUUGCCAGAUGUCUGAUUCAACAUUUGUACACGCACAGUACCUGUUAUUGCUACUUUGUUCCUCACUUUCUGGUUUCCUUUUGAGUUUCUUUCCCUUCUAAAGCACAGGUUCUAUUCCUUUUUGUUCUGUUCCUAACACUUUUCCUCCUGUUUGUCACGUCACUGUUUUUCUAAAAACAGGAAGUUCAGAAGUUUUGUUUUUAUUUUGUGUAUGUGGAACUCUAUGAAACGAAAAACUAAUAAAGAUGUGGACUGGCUA